UCUGCGACGAGUCAGUUAUCGUCACGUGUGCUUAGACUUCUGUCACUUUGCACUUACGCCUUUCCUACUAACCUCAAGAGGCUAUGCGUCCACGCCAAAUAUGACACCCUCCAGAGAUGUAUAAGAACCCCAUGUUUCGUAUGAUAUUAUCGUAUCACACCUAUGGAAUCGUCAUCUCAAACCACUCAGUAUACCAAUCCUGCGAGUGUUACCCAUGGUAAUUCACUAGAUAAGAAAGGGCGGAUCACUCCUACUACAAGCCCUUCGGGCCAUCGAGGAAUUGGACAACCCAACCCCGAGCGCGUUAGCUCCAAAGGUUGGGCACAACUCGCCAAGAAGCUCUGGAAGUAUGAUACCGCGAAGGUCAGAGAUUGCAAAGAAGAUAUCGACACCCUACAAGUCUUCGCGGGGCUCUUUCUGCUGUGCUUACCGCUUUUAACAUUGAAGCUUACAAGAUGCUGAAGAAAGACCCUAUGGGUGUUUCUACGUGUCUUCUAGCCCAAAUUGCUCAGCAGGCAGGACCACCCUCGAACACCAGCCAGGCUCAAAACCCGUCGUCUCCUGUGGCAUGUUCGGACUUUCAAGCCCAGCCUCUAGCAGUCCAUGUUAAUAUAUUAUGGUUCGCAAGCCUCGUGUGUAGUCUUGUCACAGCUUCUAUAGGCAUUCUCGUGAAGCAAUGGCUACGGGAGUAUCUGGCUGGCGAGAGAAGUUCACCUCGAGAACGCUUGCGUCUUCGGCAUGUUCGUUACGAAGGACUCGUACGAUGGCGGGUAUUCGAGAUUGCAGCAUUAUUGCCGCUGUUGCUGCAGCUCUCGCUGGCGUUGUUCUUCAUCGGUCUCAUCAUCUUCCUGAAUGCCCUUCAUCCUACCGUUGGCCAAGUUAUCACAGUGUUCAUCAGCGUUUGGUUCUUUGCCAUGCUGUCGACCACUUUCGCACCUGCGAUCGCGUUCAAUUGCUCUUACAAGCUACCAUCUCUCAAAAGAUUGAUGCAAGCCAUCCGACACUGUUGGUAUAGGGCGCAUUUCGUGAUCAAGCAGCAACAUUUUCUCGAGGAGCUCUAUCGUGACGUUUGUUUGGAGGGUGCCGAUGAAGAGACUAUCAUCCGUCAGAAGAACGAUCUGGAUAUUCACAUUCUCGUUGGUGCUGACGCAACGUUGUUUGACGAUGGUAUCUUGGACGUAACAAUCCGAGAAUGUCUAGCAACUACGUCCGGAGAAGCCGCUUUUGACUUCGUCAAUCAGACACUUACACAUCGUCUGGACCGAUUACGCCCAUCACGCCCUUGCGAAAUUUCUUCCAAAAUACCGGAAUGUUUCGUUCACAUUUUGUUAGAUGCUGUCAAUCGUGAGGUGGAGAGCCGAAUUGACGAUUCCUCUCAGGUUACAUUGCCGCCGUGGAUUGGGGAGGCCCUUACUUGUAUGGCAGGUGAUGGAAGGCUGAGCUAUACAUUUGGAAAGGCGUCGAUGAAAGAUACGUCGAUCCGGGAGACGACAUGCACGGCGUUGGGCUUUCUGCUUGAAGCUGAAGAUCACUCUGUUGCGCGGCAAGUUAUUCUUUUCUUAGGGACUCACACUCAUUUGCAAGAUACACUUCCUAUACUGUCGAGCCCAUUCAAUCGAAAGCGACAUCAUUCGAGACUCGACGCAGGAUCUCCGUCAUCUCCUAACGGAGGUGACUUUCUCUCUUCACUCCCAUUACUUGAAUCAGGCUUUUGUUGGAUUGGCUCCUAAUGAAUCGGCAAAUCGAUGUCUAGAACUUGCCAAUCAACUGAAUCGGGACCACAAUUGCAUCAUUGCGGGUGCCGAUCUCUUUGAUGUCCUGAACAUACUUCGACUUCGAUACGGUGCUCACCUGCAUAUCUAAGGAGGAUUUUUCCUGGGCGCUGCGUUUCAUCGGCUCGCUGCUAAAUGUGUUUUCCAUGUUCACCGCUUGUUUUCGCGAUCUUACUCUAGUUAUCUUCACCUAUGA